CCUUAUUUAUUUGACUCUGAAUGUGCGCGGUUGAUUGGACUGGGCUAAAUCCACGAGCACAUCUCGCGAGGAGUCGCUUCACAAUGACCACUGUGACACUGUAAUAAUGGCGGCAGCCGCACGCCGGUUCAACACGCUUAGAAACACUAUUAACGCUUGUAAAAACGGUACAGGCGUUUAUUUGUGCACAAUUCAAUCGUCCAAAUGGAAAAUCUCCACGCGACGGGUUGUAACAGGGCUGUGCAUCGCGGUAGGAGGAAUAGCUGUGUGUCAGCACUGCCCAAUGAAAGGAGUCGACACAACGAAGAUGAGCCACGCAGUCCCAGUUGUGUUUGCUAGAGAAAAGACUAAGAUAACAGCUGAUGAUGAAGAAAUUGGAAUGUCAGCUCAUGAGCACAGAUUUCGUCUGUUCAGUUCAAUGGAGUAUGAAGGGCAGCUUUACAUGACACCACUGGACUUCAUUGAGUCGGUUACAAUGAGUGAGCCAAAGAAAAAAAAGUUUUGGCGAGCCCUGACAAGACAGGAUUUAGAUAAGAUUCUCUCAGAUACACCUCCUGUUUGGAAAGGAUCAUCCAGGCUUUUCAGGAAUUUAAAUGAAAAAGGCAUCAUCUCAUAUACAGAGUAUCUAUUUCUUCUUUGCAUUUUGACAAAGCCUCAGGCAGGAUUUAAGAUAGCUUUCAACAUGUUUGAUGCAGAUGGCAAUGAAAUGGUCGACAAAAGGGAGUUUUUGGUGCUAGAGGAAAUAUUUCGUAAGAAAAAUGACAAAAGAGGUGGAGAGACUGGCAGCUCAUCACAAGUGAAUGUGGAACUGUAUGGAUACCAAGGUUCAGUCAGCCAAGCUGCAUUUACAAAAGAACAACAAAGGUUUGAACCCAGAAGCUUCUGGGAUAUGCUGAAGUAUGGUGCAAGAAUUGUUCUCUUUUCAGAUCUGGUGGAGCAUGUACAAGAGAAUAUCGCUGACACAACUCUGUUGGUGCAUUUCUUUGGAAAAAAGGGGAAAACUGAACUGAACUUUGAGGACUUUUACAGAUUCAUGGACAACUUGCAGACAGAAGUCCUUGAGAUUGAGUUCCUUGCCUAUUCGAAAGGCAUGACCACCAUCAGUGAGGAGGACUUUGCCAGGAUUCUUCUUCGAUACACCACUGUGGACAACAUCAGCAGCUACCUGGAAAAUGUGCAUCAGAGCAUACCCGAUGAGAAGGGAAUCAAUUUUGAGGAAUUCAGGUCAUUCUUUCAGUUCCUCAAUAACUUAGAAGACUUUGCCAUUGCCAUGCAAAUGUACAACUAUGCAAGUCGACCAAUUGGACAAGAUGAGUUUGCACGUGCAGUCUACGUUGCCACAGGUUUAAAACUCUCCCAGCACCUUGUGAACAUUGUUUUCAAGAUAUUUGAUGUGGAUCACGAUGACCAACUUAGCUACAAGGAGUUCAUUGGUAUCAUGAAGGACCGUCUGCAUCGAGGAUCCUGGGGAUAUCGAGGAGAGGAGAGGUUCACCUCCUUUAAGGCCUGUAUGAAGAAAGAACUGUCUCGAAAAUAGCUUGGGAAAAGAAAAAAUAUAUAGCCUUAACAUUACAUUUAUAUUUAUUGCCAUAUUUAGUAUUUUGUAGCUAUUCUAUUUUGUAGCAGUGAAAUUAGUCAUUUAGAUUUCAAUAAACAAAAUCAGGCUUGGUAGGAUUUUGCUUUUGAGAGGUUUAAACAAAUGCAUAGAGCAUAAAAGCAUAGUGCGUUUUGACCGAAGUAUCAAAUUACUCUGUAAUAUUAAUGUGCUGGUCGAUUAACAGAUACUAGACACUGGCCAGAUUUUAGGUCAGCGAGGAGAACUGCUAUAGGGUUUAUAUAUAUUAAGUAUAUAUACAGUUUAGACUCAAGAAAGAAACUAGUAGAUUGUACGUAGAAUGUUAACUGUUACGUUAGGAAUUUAACAUUUUACUAAUUCUUUUUAACAAAUACUUAAAACUUUUAGUAGCGCUAGUUGCAGAUUAGACUAUAAAUUAGACUAUAGCUACUGACCCAUUUGUAAUAUUAAUGGCUUAAAUAUUUAUUUGAUGUCAGCUAGUGAAAAUCAUUGCGUACCAUAUCUUUUCACAACAAAAGCCAUAACACGGAAGCCUUCACUCAGAGUACCUCUAUGUGAUAAGCCAUUGAAUCAGAUUAAGCAAGUACCUCCAGGAAUUAUGCCUAAUACUUUUCCACUGACACAUUUAAUUGCAGGGCCCUUUAACUCUAAUGAGAGAUGAGAGAAAUUAUACAUAGAAGCAUUAUAGAAAACGGAAACAUUUCAAAAUAUUUUAUAAAUAUUUUAUAACAUCAGUUGCACCUAUACAGGAUUCUUCUUGAGGCCUUAUGCAGAAAUGCAGCAUGCCUUUAUUAAACAACCAAGGUGAAUUCAUAGUGGGUUUAUCACUAUAUUUUUCUAUUAUAGUCUGCUAUAUUAUGUAAGGACCUAUUGUAUUUAUAUUCAAAUUAUUUUCAACUGUUUUCUGAAGUCAUCAUGUAUGAUGAUGAUGAUAAUGCAUGAAAUCAUUUUAAAAAUCCUUAAAGGUAUGCUCUAAAAAUGUACAAUACAGAGGCAUUUAAUACUUAAAUGAUAGCACAUAACCCUGUCUUAAUGUGUUUUUAUGACAACCUAAUAUGUCCUAUGAAUCAUCGUGACCUUAAUAUCAUAAGCUGCUAUAUCCUUAGAAGCUUAUCAUUCUAUAUGUUUGAACAGAAUUUGGCUUUAGAAGGAGUUUCUUAUUAAAUCCCCACAUUAUUUCUGGCCUCAUUCACCUUUUCAUUCAGGAUUAUUAUUGUUUGAUUAUAAAUAAAAUUGCUUUCUUGUGGAAGUGAUGCCUUCACAGUGAGAAGGAUGAAAUCACAGAUAUUUUUAAAGCCAUUCCAGCACUGAUGUCUGUGUAUUAGUCUUUUGUAAAGGUGACAACUCUGAAAGCACAACUGUAUCAUCAGGAGUAUAUUAGGCUGAAUAAAUAACCUACAAACUACACUUUACAGUGUGCAUAUGUUUUUAACUUUUGUUAUGUUGUGGUUGUUCUCUUUCUGUUGCCUAUGCUAUUUAUUACCUAACUGCAGGAUAUAUACAGUACAUGCUGAAUGGAUUUCUUUUCCUGUUGAUUGUCUUACUGCUUUGUCUCUCUGUCAUGAUUAAUAAGAUUUAUGCCUAAAGUUGACAUGUUUGUUGGGAAGAUUAAAUAUGACGUGAGUUCACAUUAAUCCCUUUAAUAAAGACUGAU